AAGGUCCAUUUGAAUGUGUGUUUGUAGGGCGGUUUGGACCUCUGGCAGUGGAACAUUUCACUGUGUCUGUUUUGGCAGGAGAGUGGAACGUGUGAAAGUGUUCUCUCUGUGGACGGAAAGAUUAUGUUCUGUACGGCUGUCUCAGGAUUUAAGGUGUCGCUUCCUCAGGUGGAACAUCAAACCUCUGUGGACUCCCUCAUUACAGAGGCUGCUUGGAGACUGAUGGCUUUGCCCUGUCAUCGUGAGGGGACCCUUUUGAGGGGGACACAAGGACCCUUCCAUCCACUCACACAAGGUAAUUACAGACACUGCAGCCGCCACAAACACAGGGGACCCGACCUGGUCUGUAAGCUCCGCCAAUUGACUGGAGCUGGAAGCCAACUCUGUCAUCACAGCCAGACAGAAGAUCAAUACAAGCCUACAAUAGGUAACAAACAAGUCAAAACACACUGAGGCAGAGCCAAGUGAGCCAAGUAUAACAUAAUUCUGACCACUGUGACCUAUUUUAUCCCAAAGUAUCUCUCUGAAGGCAAGAUAGCCUAUAUUUCGAGUGUCUUCGAUAGAAAUCAAGUGAGUGGAAGAGGAGGCCAUGCCAGAAGUCGUGUGUGGAGCCAAGCGACCUGCUCUGAGAGCGAGAGAGAGCAAAAACAGCCGCGAAGGUUGCCAAAAACCAAUGUGAAAACCGGAGAGCUCGUGUCUGUAGCCGACGCCCGGCGGGGCUGCAUAGCGCAAACAGCCAGUCAUGGGACCGCGAGGACCUUCGCCAGCUGGCUCAGGGUAAAACAUCUUUGAUGUUACCCACCGGGGAGAUGUCCAGAGCUAAUGAGGAGUAGCAUACACACGUAAACUGGAAACGUGUUAAAGUGUUAAACCGAUAGCGUUAGGACCACGGGGACGCAAAAGGAGAAGUGUAUAAAAGAGUACCUCUCUCCAAGAAGAGACAGAAGAAAUGUAGAACUUUGACCUGCACGCAGUGAGCGGCGUCGAUCUCCUGAUGCUCAAAGGUGUAGCUAUGCGAAAACCUGAGGUGCAGAAUUCUGAAUAUUUCGACUGUCGACUGCGUAUUUGAACACGCGAAGUGCAACAUGGGCAAGAGAAUCAACUAAUAAAUCACUGAAAUCCUUAUAGACAGUUGGACUCAGUAUGACUAUUUGGAGCAGACCCAGACCUAGCCGUCGGCAGAUGUUAUGUCUCUGGUUGCUGCUUCUUGCCCUUGCACUUGCUGCCCUGGGACUCACUGACCUCGUAUUUCAAGAGGACAUUCAAAAAACGUUAAAGUUGCCUCGCCGUCCCAUGCAAAGUCUUUCGGUAGGUCCUCCGGAUUUGGAGGUAAUUGUGGACUCCCGGGACCGGGCAGGACACCAACAUGAUGUUGGUCUCUCCCCUCUCAACUCUCUACAAGAAGACCAGCUUCUUAUGGUACUGUCAACCCAAAGAGAAAACCCGGCUUUAUUGCCGAGGAAAGAAAGUUACAGGGUGGUUCUGCCGGGCUCAAAGAAAGAUUCUCCGGGCACUGUAUUACCAUCGCAUGAGGACAUGGAGAAACCAGAGGAGAUAAAGUUCGGGAGUCAUGAGAAAGAAAUGGAACGGUCCGCUCUGCAGAAAUACGGCUUCAAUGAGGUGGUUAGCGAGCGCAUCCCACUGCACCGCCAUCUGCCAGAGAUGCGCAACCCUGCGUGUCUUACUGAGCGCCACAGUGAUGCUCUGCCCACUGCGAGCGUGGUCAUCUGUUUCCAUGACGAGGCUUGGUCCACGCUCUUGCGCACUGUGCACAGCGUGCUUGACACUGCGUCGAAGAAACACCUGCGCGAGGUCCUGUUGGUGGAUGACUUCAGUCAGCAAGGUUACCUGAAGAGCGUGCUCAGUGAGUAUGUGUCCCACCUGGAGAGGGUGCGCCUAAUUCGCAGCAUGCGGCGCCUCGGUGUGGCGGGAUGCCGAACUUUAGGUGCCGCUAGGGCUUUGGGGGAGAUCCUUGUCUUCAUGGACUCCCACUGUGAGUGUCACAGAGGUUGGCUGGAGCCACUGCUGGAAAGACUGGCAGAAGACAGGACUCGAGUUGUAUCCCCAAUCAUGGAUGUAAUAAACUGGCAGACCUUUGGAUACAACGCCACCCAGUGGCCAGUGAGGGGAGUGUUUGACUGGAAACUGGACUUCCACUGGGAGCACAACAGAAAACCAGAACGAGGACAGCAGGACUCAACCGAAGAGUCACCUAUCCAGCCUGUCAGGAGUCCAGUGCUCGGGGGCGGAGUCCUGACCAUUGACAGACACUUUUUCCAGAGUGUGGAAGGCUAUGACCCGGGCAUGCUGCUGUGGGGGGCAGAACAAAUUGAACUGUCAAUAAGGGUGUGGUCAUGUGGGGGGUCCAUGGAGGUAGUUCCAUGUUCCCGUGUGGCCCACCUGGAGCGCCAUCACCUGCCCUACCCCUUCCCUGAUCAGGACAUCCUCCAGAGGAACAAAGUCCGCAUCGCUGACACUUGGCUGGACGCUUACAGGAAGAUCUACUACAAGAGAGACACUCUGGCACACUUCAUCAGGCAGUCUGAGAGCCCUAACAUCACAGAGCGUGUGAGACUGAAGAAGAGACUGGGCUGUCAGAACUUCCACUGGUUCCUGAGUAACGUCUUCCCAGAGCUAUAUGUACCCCAGGAUAGACCUGGACUCUCAGGAGAGCUGUACAAUGUGGGUACUGGCUAUUGUGCAGAUUACUCUCGAAGGCAGGGUCCACAAGGUGGCGCUAUGGGCAUAGCACCUUGCAGUGGCAAUGGCAACCAGCACUGCGAGCUCAACCCUGUGGGCGAGGUGCGUUGGGGAGCUGCAGGCGCUCUGUGUUUCAACACCCUGAGACAGUGGGUGAUCCUCACCCCAUGCCCCGCCCACAAGCUGUCUAUCAAACCACAGUGGAAGAUGAUCAAGCUGAGUGGGCAGGUGGUUCACCUGCCCACACAGCUCUGUCUGGAGGCAGUGAAGGAGGGAGGGGUUUCACAUGGUACCCUUGCCGAGAAGGGCCUGUUUCUUCGCCCAUGUGCCCAUCACCCACGACAACAAUGGCACUUUGAUCAACUGGUAGCCCCAAAAGCUGCCUGAGCCUCGGAUAGGGAUUCUAGUGGCAUUAGAAAACUGUUGGAUACAUUUCUAGUCCAACCUAGAAGUUAAUAGGACCAAUUAUGAAAUGUAGUCAAGCUAAAUGUGAUAAAUAAAUGGUGUGGCUCUUGUGACAUGCAGUAAUAUAAGUUGUUUUUGUUAUAAUUUCUCAUCCCCUGUAGUUUAUAUGGGCUAUUCUAAAACAUUUGUAUCCUGUUUUAAGGGUUACUCAUUCAAAAGUAUUCACUCAGAAUAAAACGCAAUAUAAUUUUCAAA